CAGGUGUGGCACCUCCCGGCCUCAUCGGCUCGGCCGCCUGCUGGGCCGGGGCCGCCUCAUCGCAGGGCCUCUGCCUGGCACCAGCGGAGGAGACACCGCUCCCACCACCGGCGCCGGUCACCACCACCAGCAGCCCCCUCGGGGGACAGGCCUCACUGGAAGCCAGGUUCUAGGGACUCACUCAGCCACGUCACCAUGUCCCGACCCAGCAGCAAAGCCAUCUACAUGCACCGGAAGGAGUACCUGCACACCCUGGCCUCCGAGCCCGCCUGCCUGCAGCACCGGGUGGAGCACCUGAUGACGUGCAAGCUGGGCACACAGGGGCUCCGGGAGCCCAAGGACGCCGAGCAGCGGCUGCAGGAGCUGGACGCGCAGGGCCGCGUGUGGAGCCAGAACCUGCUGCUGCAGGUCCGGGACGGCUGGCUCCAGCUGCUGGACAUCGAGUCCAAGGAGGAGCUGGACUCCUACCGCCUGGACAGCAUCCAGGCCAUGGACGCGGUGCUCAACUCCUGCUCCUUCAAGUCCGUCCUGUCCGUCACCGUGCAGGGGGCGGGCCCGGCGGGCAGCAGCACGCUGCUCUUCCAGUGCCCGGAAGUGGGGGCGGAGCGGCUGCGGACCAGCCUGGAGAAGGCCCUGAAGGAGGAGCUGGAGCUCAGACCCCGAUUCGGAGUCCCUCUCCCCGGCCAGGACAGGUGGCGGGGGGCUCCUCUGGAAAGGCCACUCCCUAGGGAGCAGGCAGCCCCCCUGGAGUGGGGGCCCCCUCCAGAACAGCCCCCCUGGAGGGCCCCAGAGCACAGGAAGCCGCUGUCCCCAUGGCCCCAGUCACGACACUCCAGCAUCCGAGAACCAAGCCCCUCCCCUCUGCCUCCUCCAAGGCGGCCCCCGACCCCCGAGUACCCAGCAAGGGACGAGGAGCUGCUGAACCGCGUCCUGAGCGACAUCGAGGUGUUCGUGCAGCCGCUGAGGCAGGCCCCGGCGGGCGGCAGCGCGAAGAAGACGAAGAAGCAGGGGAAGAAGAAGAGCGUGGCUCAAGGGGGGAGGACACAGGCGCAGUACCUCGACUGCUUCCAGAAGUUCAAGUACAGCUUCAACCUCCUGGGGAGGCUGGCAGUCCACCUGUCGGAGCCCAGUGCCCCUGAGCUGCUGCACAUGAUCUUCCAGACUCUGCACUUCGUCCUGACGCACUGCCCUGAGCCGGACCUCGCAGGCCAAGUGAUCUCACCCCUCCUCACCCCCAAAGCCGUCGACAUGCUCGCGUCCCACCUGAGCCCGCCUGACAGUAAACUCUGGAAGAGUCUGGGCCCGGCCUGGACCACCAGCCGGGACAACUGGAUGGGCCCUGAGCCCCCGCCCUACCAACCCACGUUCCAUGAUGGCUGGCAGCCUCCAGAACCUUCCAGCCAGGCACCCUCAGGACGCCCGGACUCUGCUUCCCUCCGGCCAGCCCAGCCAGCUCUGAGGAUGCAGGUCGUACACGAGUUUAAAGCGAGAAACCCCAAGGAGCUGACCGUGGCCCCGGGAGAAGUGCUGGAGGUUCUGGACCACAGCAAGCGGUGGUGGCUGGUGAAGGACCACAGGGGCCAGAGCGGCUACAUUCCCAGCAACAUCCUGGAGCCCCUGGAGUCGGGGUCCCCUAGGGGCCAGAGCCCGGCCUUUCGGGCCCCGAUGCUGCGACUCAGCGCCAGGCCCGAGGAGGUCAGAGCCUGGCUGCAGGCAGAAAACUUCGCCCCUGGCACCGUGAACACUCUCGGGGCCCUGUCAGGAUCGCAGCUGCUGUACCUGAGCCCGGGGGAGCUCCAGAUGAUGUGUCCGCAGGAUACCCCCCGGGUCGCAGCCCGGCUGGAGGCCACCAGAAGGAUGCUGGGGGUGAGGACACCCGGGGAACCCCAGUGGGAAUGCGGGGUGCUCCCUGGGUGACAAUAAGCCCGUAGGCACCAGCUCAGACACCUCCAAGAUCAAGGCCUUCUCACAGCCGGACGAAGGACCUGAUUCUCUUUAGAGCCCCCAGCAGUCCUCUCAGGUCCCCAACUUGCAGCGAACCCCACACCCAGCUCACACAGCAGAGGACGAGCCAGCCCAGAGGGUGGGCGGACGGUGCCCUCUGGCUGCGUGGGGAGCCCUCCCCAGCGACCACCUAUUUAUUAUGUCUGUCCUGGGCCUGGAGGGCUAAGCUUUGUCGGGAUGCUGCUCAGUCCUCUCUCCCCAAUAAAAGCAUCUUCAAGCCUGGCAUGCGCC